ACUAAUUUUUCUAAAUCGAUUUUCGUCGAAGAACUACUUGAUAAGAGUGAUAAAAAAAUAACAAAAAAAAAUUUAAUGAUUAAUUUGCAAUAAUAAAUGAAAGAAAAAAACACAUACGACAACACAUGUGUGUUAAAAUCAAUCAAAAUUAAUUUUUGAAAAAAGCAAAAAAAAAUUGUGCAAUCAAAUUUGCUGAUCUCUUGAGUGAUUAUUUCGUAAUAACUAAAAGUAUGAAGUGAUCCGGGCAAAAAAAAAGGUUAAAAAUUAUUGGAAUUAAAUUUUGAAUGUGAUGAAAAAGAGACUUUACUGAACAUUUUGCGAAAACAAGAGAUACACAAUGGAAGAACACUUGGCAGACGAUUAUGUGCAGGAGUUUGUGUUGGAUCACUUUGACGGCGUAAAGAAGGAGAACAACAACAACAGCAGUCCCCCAACGGCGAAACUCUGGAAUAUUCCCGUUGACGAGGAAAGUGUCCCGAUCAAAGUGAAAUCCUCGUUGCAACCGUGGUCCGCGUAUCCGGACCCGGAUCGUAAAAUGCAUUCAAUUUCUCCGCAUGCCGGCGACUAUCCGCACGUCCCGAUGCACGGUCAACCCAUCCUGAUUAACCAAAUUCCCUCGGGAGCUCCAUCGACGCCGCCCGAAACGCCUCCAGUGUCGUCGCCGAAUCACCAGAGCGAAGCGUACUCGCCCUACAAUCACGCCGAAUCGCGUCAAGCGGGUCUCAUGGAUGGCAUGAUGUGGUUUUCGAGCGCAAUGCGAAGCGAAAAUCCGCAACCGCUGGAUUUACGACCACUUGCAUGUUCCGUUAUCCAGGAAAAUACUGCCAAUUGGGAUCGCAAAGAGUACAUGCAUCAUGCGUCGUCGCAAGCAGGCGCCAAUGGCUUCGGACCGCAGCACCAUCCAUCCCAGUACGAGCACAUGAACAUGCAUCCGUCGCAUGUGGCGGCACUGCACCACAACAACCACAGUAUGAAUCGACCGCAUUCCGUGAGUUCGACCUCCUCGACAAUCUCGCCCCGUAACUCCGGCAUCGGCAGUGGCAGUUACUCCAGUAUUUGUAGUGAUAAAAGUGACGCGAUCAACGAUGAUCUCCUGAUGUCGCUGAGUGUGCGCGAACUGAACAAACGCUUGCAUGGUUGUCCGCGCGAAGAAGUGGUCCGGCUGAAGCAGAAACGACGCACGCUCAAGAAUCGGGGAUACGCGCAAAAUUGUCGCUCGAAACGGCUCCAGCAGCGACACGACCUCGAAAUUACGAAUCGCCACUUGCACCACGAACUGAACAAGAUCAAGCAGGAGCUGGGACGCGUAGUGCAGGAACGCGAUCACUACAAGCAGAAAUUCAUGCGGACCGCAAAUCUCCAGGCGGCAAACGGCAGUAACGGCACGAACGAGUUGCACAGUGACGAAAGUGGUUCGCCCGAAUUCUACCUAUGACGCGAAAUGAAUCCGAUGCAGUUCCAUCAAAAAUAUCACUAGAGGUAUGACAAAAAAAAUGACAAAACUUACGAUUCUAGUAUUAAGACAUUCUCAAAAAAAAGUUAUGGUUGUUAAUUUUUUUUAUAACACUUUAAAUUUAAACAAUUGCAAUAGAGUGCUUCCUUUCAAAAAAUGUUUCUUUGUUGUCGAGUCGCUGCAAAAAAUCAAAUAAUUAAGAACUUUUUUAAGUUUUAUGUUAUUAUUGUUCGUUAUU